AGACCCAAAAACCAACAACUUUCUUUUCUUUUUCUCUUCUCUUCAGUCUUCUUUUCUUUCUUUCGCAGCGAACAAAAACACGAGAGAAAGGAAAGGCCGAGACGCAAAGCGAAACCGAAAUAUCGGACCGAUAUUUUUUUUUUUAAAAAAGAACAUGGCCGCCAGUAAAAGCUACUAUGCUCGUCCAAGCUACCGUUUCUUGCCGAACGAGCGCGACCACCACCUCGGCGCUCCGAUGGCUCACGACUCGGCAUUCGAACUCGACGAGUCGGAUAUGUACAACUCGGUCCGCUCCAACUCGCCCGAGUUCCGCAAACAAACCACUCCGAGUUCGCGCGUCUCCAAGAAGCCGUCCUCGAAGCCCUCGCCGGCGGCGGAGCGCGCUGUCGUCGUCGGAGCCACGCCGUCGUCGCUGCCGGUGAACAUCCCGGACUGGUCGAAGAUCCUGAGAGACGAGUACAGAGAUAACAACCGGUACAGGGACAACGCCGACGACGACGACGAAUUCGACGGCAACGAAGAGAGCGCGAACGGAGUGCGGGUCCCGCCGCACGAGUUUUUGGCGAAGCAGAUGGCGAGGACGAGGAUCGCUUCGUUCUCGGUGCACGAAGGCGUUGGGAGAACUCUGAAAGGAAGAGAUCUCAGUAGGGUCCGAAAUGCAAUUUGGGAAAAAACUGGGUUCCAAGAUUAAAAGUAAAAAAAAAAAAAAAUAAUAGAGUGAAGAAAAUCCAGAAAUAUCAAAUUUGGCGGAAUAUUCUUUAGAAUUAUUUUUAUUCCGACGGUAGUCUUAGUUUAUAGUUUUUUUUUUUUUUUUUUUUUUUUUUGGUUUACGCGUUUAAGAGAGAGGAACAUUUUGGUGCAUGUAAUUUUUCUAACUUCGGAGACUUGUAUUCGAAUUUGCGGAGAAGUUGCUUUUCACUUUCCUCGA